UAAGUGUGAACUUAAAAGACUGUACCAACUGAUUUUCCUCAGUCUAUCGGCAACAUCCUCACCAAUUAACAGCCACAUCUAGCUAAUUCUAUAACUCCGAUUCCGGAACUGGCUCGAUGGCUCCACUCCAACGCCUUUUACUUGGUUCAGUUUUGAUCUGGUUGGGGGGUUCUCAAAUAGGCAACGGACAGGAUAUCACAAUUCCUUCCGAUGGAUGCUCAUGGCGUACAGAAAUCUAUGGACACAUAAAUCAAUGUGAUGGUAACGAGGUUGUAGUUGGAUCUUGCGGCUCAGGAGACGGCAGAGAUUGUAACGGGCUCACGCAUCAGCUUUUGUGCUGUGAUUUGGACAACUUUUAUUAUUCGAAUUGUUUGGAAUUCUAUGGUGGAUAUGGGGUUCAUCUGAGUUGUCCUGAGUUAACCAAAGACCCAGAUACCAUGGUGGAAGCUGCAUGUGGAUCCGAGAAAGGCUUGGAUUGUCACAACGGUUCAUCUCACAGUGUGAAAUGCUGUCAUGGGCAUCAAUUCGAUGGGUCAAGGGUGGGUUCAUCUGGUGAAUGUUAUUGGCUCUAUGGAGGUCGUGGACAGCCUGUUCAAUGCACUAGGAACGAUGAAGCAGUGUUUGGUCGUUGUGGAUCUGGGCAAGCCGCCCGUUGCACGAAUAACCAAUGGCACGGAAUCCAAUGUUGCAGGUUAAUCAUCGUUCAGGGAGAAGAUCAAUAAAGUUCCAACAUUGACAAAUUAUGUUCCGGCAUUUAAGAAAAGAAUUGCAAGAAUUGCUAACGCC